AUGUUUCAAGCUGUUUCCUCCUCGAGGAUACCGAUUGGUAAAACUACUAAUAGAUUAUUAUUAUUAAGAGACCAUCGUUAUCUAGCGACAAUCAAUUCAGGUGCAGUAUCUUCAUCACCAUUUGUAAAGCCCAAGAAACAUACAUUUAGGAACACUAUUUUUAUAGUAACAGGGUUUUAUUUAUUAGGAUUGACAAUAAGUGAAAAAUAUGAUGGGAAAUUUAAAGAUUUCUUCAUUGGGUACGUGCCAGGUGGUAAACAAUUGACUGAUUGGUAUGAUAGUUUUGAAUUCAAUAGACUGAAGGAAAAAUAUAGUAGUAUUAUCACGGGGAGAACUAUCGGUAUUCCUAUUCAUAGACCAAUACCUAAGAAAAUCACUGAUGAUAAAUCAGAGCAAGAACCAGAAAAUGAACAGAAAGCCAAGACAUUGCUUACUGAGAAGAGUAUCGCUACUGAAUUAUUAAAAUUGAAUCCUAUAGAAAAAGAAUUGAAUAACAAUGAGAGCCCAUUAGAUGACCAAUUUAGGUCCAUCGUGAAUCAUUUUAAUAUCCUGAUCAAAUUAAUUAAUGAUCAACAAUACCUAUUGCCUAUGGAUCAAAGGGAUUCAAUCGUUUCCAAAUACGAUGCUUUGAUCUCAGAUCUAUUUAUACUCAACAAAAAUUUGGAUGAGUCUAUCAUGAAAAGUGUCCUGCAAAGAACAGCAGAAUUUACAAGUCAAUUGAAUUCACAAUUCGAUUCCAAUUUGAAGAAGCAUUCUGUUGAGUUAAAUAAAGAAUAUAAUGAUAAAUUUACAGAUUUCAAAUCAGAAUUGGAGAAAAGAUCCAAAGAACAGUUAGAAAUGGAGUUGAAAAGUAUUGAAGAGUUAUUAUUACAAAGACAUGCCAAUGAAAUGAAAUUAUUAUCUAUUACACAAGUGAAAGAAUUUAAUAAAAUCAUUGAAGAAAAAGUAAGUGGUGAAAGAAAUGGGAAGUUAGCUCAUUUAGAUGAGUUAGAUCAACGGAUAUCCGAGUUUACAAGCUCUAUUGAUAAAUUAGAUUCUUACUUAACGAAAAAUGAAACUAUUAAACGGUUGGUCAUAAACUUAGAAAAUUUAAGAAAUAAAUUAUACACUAAUGUUUCUAGAAGUGUCCAAAUAAACAAAGAAUUAAACAAAAUAAAAACCUUAAUAGACAUUUUGCCCAAUAGUUGUCAUGAUGAUCAUUGCUGUUCCAAAAAACAUACACAAACAUUACUUGACGUAACGAUACAACAACUGAACGACAUUGCAACUGAUGAAAAGAUUCUUUCAAAUGAUCAAUUAUUCAAUAGAUGGAACCUAUUAGAAAACGAUUUCAAAACUGCGUCAUUAUUACCAGCCAAUGCAGGUUUAUUAGCUCAUAUGACUGCAAAAUUCUUUUCUAACUUUUUAUUUACUAAGAAUGGUAUCUCUCCUGAUUCAAAAGAUCUAGAUGCUAUAUUCGCAAGAGUAAAAGAAUAUUUAAGAUUUUCUCAACUCGAUAAAGCUCUCGAAGAAGUGGUUACUUUAGAAGGCUGGCCACAUGUAUUAUGUCAGGAAUGGAUAAAAGAAACAAGGAGAAAAUUGGAAAUUGAAGCAUUAGUUGACAUUCUAGAUAAUGAAAUUAAACUGUUAUGA